ACUGCUCGUCCGUCCGUCAAUCUGUACGUACGUACGUGCUCAUAAAACAACUGUGUCCCACCAACUUCGUUAUCCACGCUGCUGUUGCUGCUGCGUUUUACUUUACAGGGCGCGAAGUUUUGGUUCGCUUUAAAGUAAAGUAUUGUAUAAUGGCAAAACGACCAUAAAAUGGAAUGAAUUGUGUUUAACGCGCUUUGAAUUGACUCUCGGGCCGUUCUCUUAAGCAUUCGCUGAUAAACAAUCGACAGAGCCAGAAGCAAACGAUCGACGAUCGGCAAAGGCCAAGACCGGAUGACAGAAAUUGAAAGCGACGAUCGUGGUGUUUUCAGUAUUUGGCCAGUUGUGAGCAAAGCGUGUGUGUUUUCAUUUUAUUAAUUUGUUGUACUUUAAACGGAGUUUUCCGAUUGUGAGCUGUUCAAGAUCCAAAAGAAAAGCCUUGCGCUAUCAAAGAAUAUUUGUUUAAAUUUCCUUGACAACAAUUUACGUUGCGCCAAAUUAGGAUCGUAUCCCUACACUACGUCGUCACGUAAACGCGAUCUUUAAUAAUUAAUUGCAAUAUUCUCUUGUAAACUGUGAUCGCGCGUGUUUGCUGUCUUUAUGUGUGCGCGCGUGUGUGUGUGUCUGUGUCGGGAAUAAACAAAACAAUCUCAGAGCUUUGGGGGUGUUUUGUGCUCAGAAUUAAUUGUGAAUAAAAUCUGUUUGGAGUGACUUGGCCCCCUCCAAUUCAAUGGAGGAAAUUCAUACUCAGUGAUGUCAUUACAAUAGCUCAAGCUAAAACUGUUACUCGUGAAUACUUGGCUAAAAAGUUCGGAAGCAAAUAAACAUUCCUAUCAUUCGAUUUCGUAUUCGAUACAAAGUGGCGUGUAACCUUAUCAAACGGGCUCCGGGGUACGUACGUAUGUACGUGAUCAUUGAUACAAAUUUCUAUAGAAGUUUUGUUUUGUUCUUGUGAUUUGAUUGGAGAUCGAAUUUAAAUCGAAAACAAAUAAAUUCAAUAAUUUAUUAUUGUUAUUUAUAUUGAAGAACCAAAUUGUACGAUAUAUACAUAACACCACGCCAAACACUCGCAUGUCUAAAACACCGAAAGAAAUUCGCCCGGCAAUAAAUCAUGACACAUAAGAGUGAAAUGUGAAAAGUAAACAAACGGAGCAAACAUCGACAAACAACAACAACAACAGCAGCAGCAACCAUAUCGAAUUCAAGGCAUUUAAUCGAAUACCUUUAAAACACACAUAAAUAAUAGAGAAACAAACAAGUAGACAUACCUACACACAUAUAUCUAAAAGCAUGAGUAGCAGUACCGCAACCUAUGACAAUAACUCUGACAUCGGCAACGUCGACGACAACAUGGCAGAAGCCACAGAUGGAUUUUCAUCUUCGAUGCUGACAUUCGCCGCCAUUAUGACGUUGCUAAUAAUGAUCAUUGGGAUAUUUGGCAAUUUUCUAACAGUAGCCGCCUUAAUCAAGUGUCCGAAAGUUCGAAAUGUAGCUGCGGCUUUUAUAAUGAGUUUAUGCAUUGCCGAUUUGUUGUUCUGUGCUCUGGUUUUACCGUUCAGUGCCUAUCGUUUCAUUGAGGGAACCUGGGAGCCAAGAGAUGUCCUAUGCAAAAUGAUUCCAUUCAUCCAGUAUGGAAACAUUGGUGUUUCGCUUUUAUGUAUAACCAUGAUAACUAUCAACAGAUACGUUAUGAUUGCCCACCACAAUUCGUAUGGAAAAAUCUAUAAACGCCAUUGGAUCGCUGCCAUGAUGGUGUUUUGCUGGGUAUUCUCGUACGGCAUGCAACUGCCCACUCUAGUCGGGGCUUGGGGUACAUUUGCAUAUGAUCCCAAACUGGGAACGUGCUCGAUUCGUGAAGACGACCAUGGUCACAGCAGCAAGACCACACUCUUCAUAACCGCCUUCGUUAUACCGUGCCUUAUUAUCAUUGCAUGCUACACCAAGAUAUUUUGGGUUGUACACAAAUCGGAACAAAGACUCAAACGACAUGCCAACAAACAGAACUCCAUACCGAAUAAUCUGAGGCCGCCACCUUCGGUGGGUAGCAAUGUCGAGACGGGCAAUCUCCAGAGUAGGGUAUCGUCCAGUAGCAGUUUUUCAACAGACGUAAAGCAGGAAUCUGUGCAAAAGCAACCCACCACCCGCAUCAAGGACCAGAGAGAGGUACGUGCCAAACGCAAUGAAUGGCGCAUCACUAAGAUGGUGUUGGCCAUAUUCCUAAGCUUCCUCAUAUGCUACCUGCCCAUAACAAUAGCCAAAGUUGCUGAUCGGGAUGUGGAACAUCCCAAUUUGCAGAUACUCAGCUAUAUAAUGCUGUACAUGUCGGCCUGCAUCAAUCCCAUCAUCUACGUCAUUAUGAACAAGCAGUAUCGCAAGGCAUACAAAACGGUGAUCAUGUGCGAGCCGUCACGCUUAUUGCCCUUUGGCAAACACGGCGCUGGUGCAAACGGCGCCGGUGGCAGUAGUGCUGCAGAGAAAUGGAAAGAUACCGGGUUGAGCAACAACCACAGUCGCACAAUUGUCUCGCAAAUGUCGGCAGCGGACCCGGCAAAUACCAGCUGCAGCAGCUCCGCCCAAGUGCCAGCUAUGGAAUUGACACCAUCCCAAAGAAGUUCUCUGGUGAGCGACAAUACAGCAAAUACGAUGGACUCAACAAUGACGGCGCAAGCGGUGUCAGUGCCAACAUCUAUCGACAGCGUGAACAAGGAGCCAUUGAAAAACGAGAUGACUCCCUCAACGGCCCCAUUGAGUCUGCAUUCGAUCACCGACACUCAAAACAACAACAGCAACAGCAACGGCAACGGCAUACAACGCAAUGGCAGCAAUACGGCACCACUGCGACCAAUCAAAGAGAUCAAUCGCAUAGCCCUAGUGGGCGGAGAUAUCAUUUUGGAGGAGGAGGAAGAGGAGGACGAGGAGGUGGCGCAGACACUGGCAGUACAAGCACAGAAGGCGGCGAUACCUGCUCCCCAUACGGAGCCAUUGAUUACGGCGGUGGUGCCACCACAAGCAGCCGCAACAUCAAGUCCAGCAUCCAUGACACGGCCCGCUCCAGUGUACGUGAACGCGAGUGUGUUGCACCAGAAGAAAAACCCAUCUUACGGUCAGAACAUAAACGUCACUCCAGAUAGUAAAAACUCCAACAAACAACUACUCAAACUCUGAAAGACUCCAUCUGAAUGCUUUAAUAACCAAAUAAGUCACAUUCCAAUCGAAGCACAUUCCAUUGCGCACAUUCCAUACACUCCGAUUACUAGUAUUCCAUUGUCCAUACUCCAGGUUAUCUCUUGUAUAUUUUCUCUGCUUCUUAUUGUUAAUCGAUGACACACAAAGUGCUAUAGUUUAAGUCGACAAUGGAAAACACAUCCCCAGGUCCUUCACAAGACAGUAGCAAUAUAGCGAAUCUGUAAGAGUGCUAAUGAAUGAAACAAAAGUA